UGCUGAAUGCUAAUUUAGGGCUUGUCGUAGGUGUCUUCCGUGAGCUGUACUAGUGUGGCGUGUUGUAGUAGAUCUCGAUACAAUGGGAAUAGACUGGCUGUGUUGAGUGUUCCCAUUGACGUCUUAUCAAGGUAGUUGAACGAUUUGGAGAUUUGCAUAACUUCUACCUCUAGGUAUCUGUCUCAUUAUAAGCACUGGCGGAUCAGCUACAUCUAGGCACUGGUGGCUCAGACAGGGUGGAAUCAUGGCCUCCUCAUCACUGAAGAGUUCUUUCAUUUGUUUUACUUACGCUGCACUAAUUUUUGGAAGCAUACUUUGUGACUCUGAAUCUGAAGAAGAUGAACAUGCGAAGCAUACAUACACAGUAGAAAUGUUCAACAAUGCAAUUCCUACUGCUCCGCACUUUGUCAUGUUCUUCGCUCCAUGGUGUGGCCACUGCGAAAGGCUUCAGGGCACAUGGAACCUGUUAGCAGACAAAUACAACAACAUGGAGACUCCCCCAGCCUACGUUGUAAAAGUUGACUGCACCAAAGACACCAAAUUCUGCUCCAGCGACCACGGCGUCCGUGGCUAUCCUACGCUGAAACUGUUCAAACCUACCCUGGACCCUGUGAAGUACCAGGGGUCAAGGGACCUGGAGUCACUGGAGUCCUGGAUGCUCAAAACACUGGAGGAAGAACCUGCUGAGCCAGAGAGCGAACCUGAGCCCCCUAAAGUCCCUGAGCCAAAGCAGGGCCUGUAUGACCUCACAGCCUCCAACUUCAAGGGCCACAUCUCCAAAGGUGCCCACUUUGUGAAGUUCUUUGCCCCAUGGUGCGGUCAUUGCAAAGCCUUGGCACCCACAUGGGAGCAGCUGGGCAGCACUUUUGAGCAUGAAGACAAUGUCAAGAUUGGCAAGGUGGACUGUACCCAGCACUAUGAGGCCUGCUCGGACAACCAGGUGCGCGGCUACCCCACCCUCCUCUUCUUCAAGGACGGCGAGAAGGUGGACCAGUACCGGGGCAAGCGGGACCUGGACUCGCUGAAGGAGUUUGUGGACGGCCAAAUCAAAGCCGCAGCAGAGGUCGUCGCUCAGGAAGUGGAGGACAACGAGGUGCCAGUGCCCAGUGAAGAGCCCGAAAAGGAGGAGUCUAAAGUGGUGAUUUUCACCGAGGGCAACUUUGACGAGAUUGCCGCGAAAGGCCUCACUUUUAUCAAGUUUUAUGCACCAUGGUGUGGUCACUGUAAGAACCUGGCCCCAGCAUGGGAGGAUCUGUCCCAGAAGGAAUUCCCUGGCCUCACGGACGUGAAGAUCGGCAAGGUGGACUGCACAGUGGAGAGGACACUCUGCAAUCGCUUCUCCGUGCGCGGCUACCCCACGCUGCUGAUGUUCCGUGCAGGGCAGCAGGGGGAGGAGCAUAACGGGGGAAGGGACCUCGAGUCGCUGCACAGCUUUGUGAUGAAGCAGGCCAGGGACGAGCUGUGAAUGGUGCCAACGGACGGCGCCAAUCUAUUCUCUCUCACACACACACACACACACACACACACACUCACAAAGGCUGGCUUUUCCUUUGUAAAGCUGCUCCCCCCCUGUACGAGUAGCUACACCAAUGGACUGCUUUUUAUACCCCUUACUAUGUCACAGCCUUGUGCGGUUUACUCCGUUCUGUUAGUUUGUUCAAUGAAAUGUGAAUGUACUGAUUUUUGUCAAAGCUCGGUCCCAGUGUUGGAGCGUUGAAGUUGAUCAUGUAGUGAAAUUAUACACGUGAUAGACAACCACUCUGCCAGCAGACACACAUUAUCUUCCUCCUAUAGUCUGUCUUUUUUUUUUUUUUUCGUACUUUUGAUUUGUUUUUUGUUUUUUAAACUAUGAUGAACCGUGGAUGGCAGUCUUCAGUGCCUUCCUUCAAAGAACACCAUUCACAGCCUGAAUUUGACACUGUGAUGUCUGAUUCACCCAGUGGCCAUCAAUGAAAGAUCCUGUUGAUGUUUUUAAAACAAUCACGCUGACCAAUAAUCGUCAAGCAUCCGAAGUUACUGUAGGGGGAGAGUCUAGGAGUCUUUGCUGAGGUUAAGUAUCAAUGGUACGCUCACCUACGCCAGUCAUGGCCUCACUAACUAAAACUAAACUCUCAGGGAAAGACGCCCGCUCUCACCUCCUGAGUCUACUGCACUCUCUUGCUCAUUCGCUAUCAGGUCCUGUCUCAUUCGCACGCUACUUCAUCUCCUGCUUUUGUUUUCUUUUGUUUUUCUUUUAAAGCGAAUAGUUUACAUGUCAAGAUGUUAAGUUUGCUUCAUUCUGUAAUGUUACGACUGAUUUUUUUUUUUUUUUUUUUUUUUUUUUUUUUUGGUAAAGUGUACAGCAUACAGUAUGCAAGGGAAACCAGCUCUGAUCUGCUGAAAGUGUUAGCUUGCACUGUGAUGAAACGAGCUAGAAGAUCACACACAUCAUGCCUGCCUGCCUCAUACUGGCUGCUUGGGGUCCAGAAACGCUCCCAUUAUGUGCUUCCUUUCUGUUUGCUGUAUCUCUGUGGACCUUUCAGAUGUUUGCCGAGUUUCGUCCCUCCUAUUUUCUUGUCCUGACAAACCUCAUAUACACGGUGUAAGUGUGCAUUGCAUAGUGGCUUUGUAUGAGUCACAGAACCCCAUAGCGGAGCUGUGUAUGUCAGGAUGACCAGAUGCACUAGUGCACCACCCAAGCCUGAACAACCUCACCCUUUGUUUCUGCACCGUCUGAUCCCGUACAAAAACACAGCAUUUAGUGAAAGGAUGGCCUUUUAAAUUCUACAAAAUAUUGUAGUACUUUACCUCAGGAUAGCAGUUCUAUAAAUUGUACAGAGAUGUAUAAAAGUGAAUUAAAGAAUGGGUUGCUCUGGUGUGAGGUUAAAGCCGGUGAAGCUCACACUACAUAGCAUUAAUUAAAUUUGGUGAUGUCAUUUUCAAAUGCUGUGCAGGCCUUUUCAUUGCAUUCAUGGAUGCUAUUAACCUAAUCCUUUCUCUUGUCUAUGGUUUCUCUGAAAGGGCCCAGCGUUCUAUACUUCCCCCAACUGCUUUUAUAUAUUUUAAUGCUGAAAACUGAACAUGUUUAUACACAGAUCAUUAAGCCCAAAACUGUUCGUUACAAGAGGGUGAGUGAGAAUGAGAAGAGGGUUCAGACUACUUGUGUUUACUGAAUAUGUGUGGUCCUAUCUAGUCUUCGGGCUUAAACGCAGCAAGAGUUUCAAACCUCUCGGACUAUUUUUUUUUUUUUUUUGGUUUGUUUGUUUUAAUUCGCUGCACUUAGCAAGAGAUUAACACUCGACAUGCAGAGGGAAUGAAGGGAGACAGGAAGCAUGAAGAGGGCAAACCACUCGCUCGAAGUAAAAAGUCUUUAUGGAUAGCACAUGUUCUAGGCAGACUCCAGUGACAGAAAAGCAGUAUUUUCUCCUCGCAAAAAGUGGGAUGCAAACAAACUGCCCGUGAUGAUUUUUUUUUUUUCCUUUCUUUUUGUAAAAAAAAAAAAAAUGAAAACUGAUGGAAAGUUGUAACAAGAACAUUUCGUAAUAAAAAGUCUUUUUUUCCAAAAA